AUGACGACCUUUUCGCGCCCGGUCGCCUCGAGCAUUGCCGGGGUUGCCUUUACCGUCUACUCCGAUGAAGAGAUUAAAAAGCUGUCGGUGAAAAGAAUUCACAAUACUCCAACCUUGGAUUCUUUCAACAACCCAGUCCCCGGUGGUCUCUAUGACCCUGCAAUGGGUGCAUGGGGUGACCAUGUGUGUACUACAUGCCGUCAAAAUUCUUGGUCUUGCACUGGUCACGCUGGUCACAUUGAGCUUCCUAUCCCCGUUUACAAUGUCACUUUCUUCGAUCAUAUCUAUCGCCUUUUGCGGGCCCAGUGCGUGUACUGUCAUCGCCUGCAGAUGUCUCGCGCAGAGGUCAACAUGUACAGCUGCAAGCUGCGCCUUUUGCAGUUUGGUCUUGUCGAUGAAGUCGCCGUGGUCGAUUCAAUGGGAUCCUUCAAGGGAGCUACAUCCAAACCCAGCAAGGAAGACGAUUCCGAUGAUGAGGAAGAUAUCGAAUCUAUAAUGGAAAAGCGCAUAGCCUACGUCGAUCGCUCCAUCAAUGCAGCCAAGAAAGAUGGAAGACUGGUUGGUCUAAUGGCCGGCGCAAAGAACCCCAUUGCUGCAGAGCAGAGACGAGACCUGGUUAAGAACUUCCUUAAGGACAUCAACAGCAAUCGCAAAUGCGCCAACUGCAAUGGUAUCUCUCCUUCUUACCGAAAGGACCGCUACAACAAGAUCUUCAAGAAAGCACUCCCCGAAAAGUCGAAAUUGGCUAUGCUGCACGGUGGAUUCCAGGCCCCCAACCCCCUGGUCCUCCUCGAUUCCGAAAGGAAGGCUGCCAAGGUGAAUGGCACCCGCUCUGAGAGUGUGGUUUCAGAAGCUCAUGGUGCCGAGGAAGAAAUUCGGCGUGGGGCUGCUGUGACAAACCAGACCUCUUUUGGACAGGAGUUCAUGACUUCCUCCGAGGUCUACAGUUGCUUGAAACUACUUUUCGCCAAGGACGGCGAGGUCCUGCAACUUGUUUACAAUGGUCAGCCAGUCGCAAAGGGAGCAAAGGUCGUCAGUGCCGAUAUGUUCUUUAUCAGGAGCCUUAUCAUUCCCCCCAACAAAUUCCGCCCAGCUGCUGCUCAAGGCGCAGGUGCGAUUAUGGAAUCACAGCAGAACACCGCAUUCAACUCGAUCAUUAAGCAGUGUGAUUUGAUAAACCAGAUCAGCAAAGAAAUCCAGAACAAGGAUGAUGAAGAGAUGGGCAUGAUGCGUGUACGAAAUUAUGGCGACCUUCUUCAGGCAAUUGUUGCUCUUCAGGACCAUGUCAACGGACUGAUUGAUAAAGAGCGAACUGCUGUCACGGGCUCAGCAGUAGCUGCGUUGCCCAAUGGUAUCAAGCAGCUUCUGGAGAAGAAGGAAGGAUUGUUCCGAAAGAACAUGAUGGGUAAGCGUGUCAACUUCGCUGCCCGUAGUGUUAUCUCGCCCGAUCCGAAUCUUGAGACCAACGAAAUCGGUGUUCCACUCGUCUUCGCGAAGAAGUUGACUUUCCCGGAACCCGUGACAAACCACAACUUCUGGGAGUUGAAGGAGGCUGUGAUCAAUGGACCCGACAAGUACCCCGGUGCUGCAGCAAUUGAGAACGAGAACGGUCAAGUCAUCAACCUGAAGUUCAAGAGCCUGGAUGAGCGUACGGCGCUUGCCAAUCAAUUGCUAGCACCAUCAAACUGGCGGCAGAAGGGAUCGCGGAAUAAGAAGGUAUACCGCCAUCUGACAACCGGUGAUUAUGUCCUCAUGAACCGUCAGCCCACACUUCACAAGCCUUCCAUCAUGGGACACAAGGCUCGUGUGCUUCCUAAUGAGAGAACCAUUCGCAUGCACUAUGCAAACUGUAACACCUACAACGCUGAUUUCGAUGGUGAUGAAAUGAACAUGCAUUUCCCCCAAAACGAGCUUGCUCAAGCAGAGGCGCGGAUGUUGGCUGAUGCAGACCACCAAUACCUGGUUGCCACUUCCGGCAAGCCGUUGAGAGGUCUGAUUCAAGAUCAUAUUUCAAUGGGAACUUGGCUCACUUGCCGUGAUAGUUUCUUCGACGAGGAGGACUACCACCAACUUUUGUACAAUUGCUUGAGACCCGAGAAUUCGCACAUUGUCGGUGAUCGCAUUCAACUAGUGGAACCAGCCUUUAUCAAGCCUAAAUACCUGUGGACUGGCAAGCAGAUCAUUACCACAAUUCUGAAGAACAUUCGGCCUGCGCAGCAUGCGGGUCUCACCCUUAAGGGCUCGUCCUCAACCCCUGCUAAUCGGUGGGGAGAGGGCAGCGAAGAGGGUGAUGUCAUCUUCAAGGACGGAGAGUUCUUGUGUGGUAUUCUUGAUAAGAAGCAGCUUGGACCGUCUGCUGGUGGUUUGAUUGAUGCUAUCCAUGAAGUUUAUGGCCACACAAUCGCUGGAAAGCUGAUGAGUAUCCUCGGUCGCCUACUUACCAGGUUCUUGAACAUGCGCGCGUUUACUUGCGGUAUUGAUGAUCUCCGAUUAACCAAGGAGGGUGAUCGCAUGCGUAAGGAGAAAUUGAGCACUGCAGCCCAAAUGGGUCGUGAGGUUGCUCUGAAGUAUGUGACGCUUGACAAGACGUCGGUGCCUGAUCAAGAGUCUGAGCUGAAACUCCGACUCGAAGGUGUGCUUCGUGAUGAUGACAAGCAAAGUGGACUGGAUAGUGUUUCCAACUCCCGAUCUGCCCAACUUUCUUCGGACAUUACCAAGGCCUGUCUGCCUGCAGGUCUUGCGAAGCCUUUCCCGUGGAACCAGAUGCAGUCUAUGACAAUUUCUGGUGCCAAGGGUUCUGGUGUCAAUGCCAACCUGAUUUCUUGCAAUCUUGGACAGCAGGUUCUGGAGGGUCGUCGUGUGCCGGUUAUGAUCAGUGGUAAAACAUUGCCAUCAUUCCGAGCGUACGAAACCCACCCCAUUGCCGGUGGUUAUGUGUCUGGUCGUUUCUUGACUGGUAUCAAGCCCCAGGAAUACUACUUCCACGCAAUGGCCGGUCGUGAAGGUCUGAUUGAUACCGCCGUCAAGACAUCCCGUUCCGGUUAUCUGCAACGUUGUUUGAUCAAGGGUAUGGAGGGUCUGAGCGCGCAGUACGACUCCUCUGUUCGCGAGGCGGCCGAUGGAUCUAUUGUUCAGUUCUUGUAUGGUGAGGACGGUCUCGACAUCACCAAACAGGUCCAUCUGAAAGAUUUCGGCUUCCUUGCUGAGAACCACGAGUCCAUUGUUGAGCAAGUUCAAGCCCAUUACCACAGCACUCUGGCAAAGGAUGAAGUCGCAACAUGGCACAAGGAGGCAAUGAAGAAGGUUCGGAAGACCGGAAAGCUCGACGCUAUGGAUCCCGUUCUGUCUCAGUAUCACCCUGGAGGUUACCUUGGCAGUACAUCCGAGGCCUUUGCUCAGGCGCUCAAGAAGUACACGGACGCGAACCCCGACAACCUUUUCAAGGAUAAGAAGAAGGAAGCUGACGGAGUCUCCAAAUUCGUGGGUGAUUUCCAGAAGAAGCUGUCCAAGAAGACAUUUGAUGCUUUGAUGAACAUGAAGUAUAUGAAGUCGAUUAUCGAUCCUGGUGAGGCAGUCGGUAUCAUGGCUGGUCAGUCCGUUGGUGAGCCGUCAACACAGAUGACUCUGAACACUUUCCAUUUGGCUGGUCACUCCGCAAAGAACGUCACCCUGGGUAUUCCCCGUCUUCGUGAAAUUGUCAUGACUGCCAGUGCGUCCAUUAUGACACCCACCAUGACUCUUCUUCUCAACGACGAGAUCCCCAAGGAACACGCAGAGAAGUUUGCCAAGGCUAUUAGCAAGCUCAGCGUCGCUGAGGUUGUUGACAAGGUCCAGGUGAAGGAGCGGAUUGGAGCUGGUGUGGGCUAUUCGAGAGCCAAGAUCUACGACAUCGAUGUCACCUUCUUCCCUGCCGAAGAGUACACCAAUGAGUAUGCUAUCCAAAUCAAGGAUGUGCAGAACGCCCUACAAAACAAGUUCAUUCCACGUUUAGUGAAGCUCACCAAGGCUGAGCUGAAGAAGCGAAAUGAAGAUAAGACUGGAACCAAGUCCUCAACUGCCCAACCCGAAAUUGGUGUCUCGAUCGGCAGGAUCCAGGAGGCCCCCAGUGGUCCUGAUCGUGACGCCGAACCUGCCGAGGAUGAUAAUGAAGAUGAUGAGGAUGACGCCAAGCGAUCCCGCGGAAACAACAACCGAAACAACCAGGUGUCAUAUGAAGGACCGGAUGAUGAUGAGCAAGAUAUCAUCAAUCGACAAGACUCUUCAGAGGAUGAAGACGAUGAAGAGAACGAUACUUCCUCUAAAUCAAAGGGUGAUGUCGACGCCGAUGACUCGGAUGACGACUCAGAUGACGAGGAUAGCAACACGCGCGAGGACGAUGUUAAGGGCAGGUUUGAGGAAAUUACGAAGUUCAAGUUUGAUCCCAAGAAGGGUACCUCAUGCUCAAUCCAGCUGCAAUACGACAUUGAGACACCCAAGCUUCUGCUUCUUCCCUUGGUUGAGGCUGCCGCUCACUACGCUGUGAUCCAGUCCAUCCCAAGCCUCGGAAACUGCAUCUACGUCGAUGGUGACGUGAUCAAGAACGAGCCUGCGACUGUUCUCACUGAGGGUGUCAACCUGCUCGCAAUGCGAGAUUACCAGGAUAUCAUCAAGCCACACUCGAUCUACUGUAACUCUGUUCAUGACAUGCUCCACUACUACGGUGUUGAAGCUGCUCGCGCUACUAUUGUUCGCGAAAUGGACGCCGUUUUCAAGGGUCACAGUAUCUCCGUUGACAACCGUCACUUGAACUUGAUUGGUGAUGUGAUGACCCAGUCCGGUGGAUUCAAGGCCUUCAGCCGUAACGGCUUAGUGAAGGAUUCCACCUCAGCCUUCGCUCGUAUGUCUUUCGAGACCACAGUUGGUGCUCUUAAGGAAGCCGUGCUCGAGAGAGAUGUUGAGAACCUGAAGGGUCCCAGUGCUAGGAUUGUUGUUGGUCGUGCUGGUACUGUUGGAACCGGUGCCUUCGAUGUCCUUGCUCCCGUUGCAUAG